UUGUAUAGGGACGAGCAUCAUUUUUUUCUACACACAUUUUACACUGACAUAUAGUAAACAUUCCAUCUUCGACCUCAGCGAAACCUUUAGAGCUGAACUCUUUCCUUUCUUUCCGCCAAAAACCCUUUUUCUCGAGAACCCAUCAUUGUCCACUGUCAUCAUCCACCACAACCAACAUGAAUGUACUGGAACUGAAGGCGUGCAGAGAGGACACACCUAGUUUCCGCAAGCAGGUCAUAGACCAUGAAGAUGCUGUGCUUGCACUCGAGACUACUGUCAGGUCAUUAUUAAAACUUUCCAAAACGAGUGUUGAACUGGCUGAAGAAUACAGCACCAAGCAACUGCAGAUAGCUGAGGAGAUGAUGGCCAUCGCUCAGUCUCGACGGGGCCAUGACUUUCUUGUUACCCAAUCGAUUGAGACGUUCUCCCGCGCUAUUCAAGAUUUGGAGAGAAACAGAUCAAUGAUGAACACUCAAAUAUCACAAAUGUUUAUUGAGCCACUGGAGACAUUUCUCAACCAAGAGGUACUUCCUGUUAGAGAAGCCAGAAAGGCAUUCCACAAAGCCAGUGACGAUGUGGAUCUGGCACUUCACCGUUACAUGACCAGGAAAACGCGCGAUCAGUCAAUCCCAGAGGCAUCUAAAGAUGUAGCCGAUGCGAGAAAAAAGCUACAUGUUGAAUACGUGGAAUACUGUAUUAAACUCAACGAACUUCAAGCCAAAGAAAAGUUUGAGUUUACGGAACAUAUUGUCACCUACAUGUAUACCCUUAGCUCCUUCUACCAUCGAGGACAUGAUGUCUUAAGCAACGCUGAGCCGUCCAUGUCAACUAUCACUGAGAAUAUUCAAAGUGCUCGAUCACGGUUUAUGGAGGAAAAGCCAAUUGUUAAAGCCCUAAGAGAAGAGACUUUGAAUGUUGGGAAUGAGAUUUAUUACCCGCUUCGCCCAUUCGGAAAUAGCGCAGAGGUUAGGACACAUGCUACUACAAAGUCAGGAUAUCUAUAUAAACGUGGACCGCAAAGAGUCAUGGCAUCGUGGAGUAGGCGCUAUGUCGAAAUUGAAGGUGAACUUUUGACAUGGACAACCCGGGCCCCUGUCAAUAAAUCCGACAGUGAUGCAAGUAUGGCCAUCAAUUUGCGAGUUUGUACUGUUAAAACUAUCGAAAACGGGGAUCGGCCACAUUUAUUCGAAGUGAUCUCGCCCAUGCGCAUUCAUUACUUCCAGGCGGAAAAUGCGGAAGAAAUGAUGGAAUGGGUAUGCUGCCUUCAAAAUGCGAUUACAGCAGCACAUAAUUCAGAUCAGGCCCCCGAGGUGCGAGGGUUCGGUAAUUACAAAGAAGGUGGCGAAUCUCUUUUCACGCAGCAUGGAUCACCCAACUUAAACGGGAAUACAGAUCAAGAUAAGCAAUUGCUACUGCAGGUUCGCAAAAUCCCAGGAAAUGAAGUCUGUGCAGACUGCAAAUCUUUAAGUCCAAUGUGGGCGAGUGUGAACCACGGAACUGUACUGUGCAUUGAAUGCUCUGGAAUUCAUCGUAGUCUAGGCGUCCAUGUUAGUAAAGUACGCUCUCUUAAUCUGGACAAGUGGGAGACGGAGACUGUGGGCAUCAUGCUUAAACUCGGAAAUGAAAAGACUAAUAACAUCUUUGAAGCAGAAAUUCUGAACGGAAUUGAAGAGCGUUAUGUUUCUGUCAACUCAGAUAGGGCUGAGAAGGAGCGUUUUAUCAUUGCAAAAUACAUUAAAAAAGAGUUCCUUUUGACAGACACGAAGGAAUUCCUGACACGGUCUGUACAUGAGGCUUUCUGGGAAGCCAUGGAUGUGUCAGACUACUGUGAGGCUUUGAGAUGCUUGGCGAUGGGUGCAAAUAUUGAUCAUCACAACGAGGACCAUGGAUCGAUGACUGCCCUUCAUCGAGCUAUCAUUAGGCGAGACGACGUUGCAGUAGAAUUUUUGUUUCAAUGGUAUUGCGAUAUCAACGCAACCGAUCGAGAGGGCUGGGCCGCAUUGCACCAUGCGGUCGCGAACGAUAAUCAGAAAGUCUUAAACAAUUUGAUCAAGAAGCAUGCCAGAUAUGAUGUUAGGAACAAGAACCAUCAGACGGCAUUGGAUCUUGCCAAGACGUUGGAAAAGAGUGAAGCCUUGAUCGUAUUACAGAUCUACCAAUUCGAGCGUCAACAAAUCGAAGAAACCCGACCUUCCAGUGCUCAGUCUGGCAAUAUGUCUACUCUCACGCUGUACCAAUCGUACGUUCCCUCUUCUUCUUCCUCUCAACCCGGCUCCUCAUCUUCACCCGCAUCGUUCUCAGAACCCUCUGGGUUCGCAUCCGUUGAUACUAUCUCUUUGCCACCAACCAUCAACGGUUCCUUAUCGCCUAUUUUGGCCAACUCAAUAUCAAGUACCGAUUCAUCUUCAGCUCCUCCUACUUCAGUAAAGCCAAAAGAUGGUAAUAAGCCCAAUUUGUCUUCUAGAAACAGCACUGGCGUUAUCCCAAAGUCCUCGACAGUAGGAUCGACACCUUCUAGAUUCUCAGUAGCGGACCCGAGGUCAUUAGCUGCUAGUGCGAUUGCUGCAAGCAUAAAUCCAUGGGCCGAGGAACUAGAGUCAACCACUACAGUAAAGCCAAAUGGCGAAGAUAAUGGUUCAGCUUUGAGCACAAACGUAAAUCCAAGUGUAAUCAAAGAAACAGUGUGAACAUUCAGAAAAAUGUUUUAGAUUAAUAUUGGUUUACCGCCAAUAAAAAAUAAAAAAUAAAUGGGUGAAUGAC